UCACCAACCUUCUCCCCUCACUUGCAAAACAAAGCCCAAAGUAAUGGCAUUAUUCCACUCUCUCCCUUUCCUUCUUCUUUUUCUUCUUCUCUCCCUCUUUUCACACCAUUGCUUACUUGUAAUCUCUGCAUCAUGCCACGUGGACGAUGAAGCUGGCUUAUUGGGUUUCAAAUCUGGCAUUAUCGAAGAUCCAUCGGGCAUGCUCACCUCCUGGAAGUCCGGUACCGAUUGCUGCACAUGGUCCGGUGUAGAGUGCCGAGAAAACAACCGAGUCACUACAAUCUCACUUUAUGGGCAAACCGACAACCCGAAAAGUUACCUGUCGGGUACAAUCUCUUCAUCACUAUCAAAGGUUCAAAACUUGGAUGGAAUUUACUUCCAAAACCUCCAAAAUAUCACUGGAGGUUUCCCAAAGGUAAUCUUCGAUCUCCCCAAGCUGAAGUACGUCUACAUCGAGAACAGCAAGCUUUCGGGUCCUCUACCCGGUAACAUCGGCCGGCUCUCUCAACUUGGUGCUCUGAGUUUUUCCGGGAAUCGGUUUUCGGGUCGGAUCCCAAGCUCAAUUUCUCAACUCACCGAGGUGACUCAGCUCAAACUGGCCAGAAACCUUCUCUACGGCGAGAUUCCUGUCGGAAUUCGGCAACUCAAGAACAUUACAUAUCUGAGUCUCGAACAGAAUAUGUUUUCAGGAAAAAUCCCUGAUUUUUUCUCGUCUUUCGCCGAUCUCCGAAUCCUGAAUCUCUCAAGCAACAAAUUUUCCGGUGAGAUUCCAGCGACAAUUUCAUAUCUAGCACCAAAGCUUCGCUACCUUGAGUUGGGUCACAACAGACUUACAGGCAAAAUUCCAAACUUUCUUUCCAAUUUCAAACAAUUAGACACACUUGAUCUUUCUUCGAACAGUUUCUCAGGUGUUGUGCCCAAGAGUUUCAAGAAUCUCACUAAGAUCUUCAAUCUCGAUCUCUCUCAUAAUCAACUUGUUGACCCUUUUCCUGAAUUGAACGUGAAAGGGAUCGAAUCACUCGAUCUCUCUUACAACAAGUUCAAUUUAGGUGAAAUUCCGAAAUGGGUUACUUCAUCGACCAUCAUUUACUCGCUCAAGCUUGCUGGGUGUGGGAUUAAGAUCAAAUUAGACGAUUGGAAGCCGGCAGAAACCUAUUUCUACGACUACAUUGAUCUGUCAGACAAUGAAAUCACAGGUAGCCCAGUGAGUUUGCUGAACAGCACAGAUUACUUAGUUGGAUUUUGGGCUUCUGGGAAUCAAUUAAAAUUCAAAAUGGAGAAUUUGAAAAUGCCCAAAACGCUGAAAUACUUGAAUUUGUCUCGGAAUCUGAUGUUUGGGAAAGUUCCGGCGAGCAUUUCACAGUUGAAAAAGUUGGAUGUGAGUUAUAACCAUUUGUGUGGUAAGAUUCCGGCGAAUAAGUUUCCGGCAUCGUCAUUUGUCGGCAAUGACUGUUUAUGUGGCUCUCCCCUUUCUCCAUGCAAAGUUUAGAAGAUGAUAAAACCAUAGAUUAUGUGUUAUCCGUUCUGUUU